UAUAGUGAUUUCAAUCGAUAAUAAAAACGUGGUUUGACUUCGUUCGAUUAUGGUUUGACUAUGUUCGAAUAUGAAGCAUUAAACUUUCCAUCAAAUACUAAUUUUAUCAAGUUCUAAAUAGUUUUUAUUUAUUAACGUGUAGAAAAUAAUUAGUUACUAUGUCUAUUAUGACAGCUCUAAGAUACGACAUCAAUUUAAAAUUAUUAUGUCAUCGUUCUUACAUUCUGAAGAAUGGCCUGCAAUGUUUAUCUUCAUUUGCAAAAUAUGCAGAACAUAAACCUUUGGAAAAAAUUCGGAAUAUUGGUAUAUCAGCACACAUUGAUUCUGGAAAAACCACCUUGACUGAACGUAUUCUGUUUUAUACUGGAAGAAUAGCUAAAAUGCAUGAGGUGAGAGGUAAAGACAAUGUUGGAGCAACAAUGGACAGUAUGGAAUUAGAAAGACAAAGGGGAAUUACAAUUCAAUCUGCUGCAACUUAUACUUUAUGGAAGGAUCAUAAUAUUAAUAUUAUUGAUACUCCUGGCCAUGUUGAUUUUACUGUGGAAGUAGAGCGUGCUUUACGUGUUUUAGACGGAGCUGUAUUAGUAUUAUGUGCAGUAGGUGGUGUUCAAUCACAAACCAUAACUGUAGAUCGUCAAAUGAGAAGGUAUAAUGUACCUCGUUUAGCAUUUAUUAAUAAAUUGGAUAGAUUAGGUGCUAAUUACAAAAGAACAUUAGAACAAUUAAGAGGAAAAUUACAUCUCAAUGCUGCAUUACUUCAGUUACCUAUUGGUUUAGAAAGUAAUAAUACAGGAAUAAUAGAUUUAAUUCAUCAAAAAGCUUUAUACUUUGAAGGAAACUUUGGUGAAAUUGUAAGAGAAGAUGAAAUUCCAUCAAAUAUGAGAACAGAGGUACAAGAUAGAAGACAAGAAUUAAUUGAAAACUUGUGCAAUAUUGAUGAAAAACUUGGAGAAAUGUAUUUAAAUGAAACGCAAAUACUUGAAAAAGAUAUAAUGAAUGCUAUUAGAAGAAGUUGUAUACAAAGGACUUUUGUACCAGUACUGGUUGGAACUGCUUUAAAAAAUAGAGGUGUUCAACCAUUAUUAGAUGCAGUUGUGAACUAUUUACCAAAUCCCGGAGAAGUGGAAAACUAUGCAUUUAAAGAGAAUGAGAAAGAAACUACUAAAAUUCUAUUAAAUUCAGAGAGAAGUGAGAAACAUCCUUUUAUUGGAUUAGCAUUUAAAUUAGAAGCUGGUAAGUUUGGCCAAUUAACUUAUUUCCGUUGUUACCAAGGAGUGUUACGUAAAGGGGAUUCCUUAUAUAACACAAGAAUGAAAAAGAAGAUUCGAAUUCAAAGGCUAGUGAGACUUCAUUCAAAUCAAAUGGAAGACGUAGCCGAAGUUUAUGCCGGCGAUAUAUUUGCUUUAUUUGGAGUAGAUUGCGCAUCAGGUGAUACAUUCGUUAGCGAUUCUGAUCUACGAUUGUCAAUGGAAUCUAUUCAUGUACCUGAUCCUGUAAUCUCUAUGUCUAUUAAACUAAAAAAUACAAAAGAUAGAGAGAAUUUUGCAAAAGGCAUUUCACGCUUUACCAAAGAGGAUCCUACUUUAAAGCACUAUUAUGAUGCAGACAACAAGGAAUCUUUAAUUUCUGGAAUGGGAGAAUUACAUUUAGAAAUUUAUUCUCAAAGGCUUGAACGUGAAUACAACUGUCCCAUUAUACUUGGAAAACCAAAAGUUUCAUUUCGUGAAACGAUACGCGAGUCUUUCGAAUUCGAUUAUCUUCAUAAAAAGCAAUCAGGAGGAGCUGGCCAAUAUGCUCGAGUAAUUGGUGUAAUAGAGCCAUUACCGCCAGAGAAAAAUACCGAAAUUAUAUUUUGUGAUGAAACAAUAGGAACAAAUAUUCCGAAACAAUUUGUUCCUGGUGUAGAAAGAGGUUUUAGAACCAUGUGUGAAAAGGGAUUUCUCUCCGGUCAUAAAGUAGCAGGUGUUAAAUUUAGACUUAUAGAUGGUAUGCAUCAUUGUGUGGAUUCUUCGGAAUAUGCAUUUUUCCUUGCUGGACAAGGCGCAAUGAAAGAGUCGUAUUGUAAUGGAUUGUGGCAAGUUUUAGAGCCAGUUAUGUUAGUGUCAAUAACCGUUCCUGUAGAAUUUCAGGUAAAAAUUAUGGCACAAAUAAGUAGACGGAAUGGUAUCCUACUUAACACAGAUAACAACGACGGAUGGACCGCGUUGGAAGCAGAAAUCCCAUUAAACAAUAUGUUUGGAUAUAUUGGAGAAUUACGAUCUACUACUCAAGGGAAAGGAGAAUUUACCAUGGAAUAUGCAAGAUAUACACCUUGUUUACCAGAAGUGGAAGAACAAAUAAUAAGAGAAUAUCAAAUAGCGAAUAAUAUAGUUCCGGAGGCGCAACAAAAAAAAAAUUAGCGAAUUCAUAUAAAUAGUGAAUAGAUAAUAGUUUUCAUCGCGUUCAACGAAUUAUUUUUCCGAAAUAUUUUUCCGAAAUAUUUUGUUAUAUGCAUAUAUAACAAACAUUGACGUAUAACGAAACGAAAUGAAUGUAAGAUAUCAUAGGUAUAGAAUUACGUGUAUUUAAUUCAAAUGUAACAUUACAUUUAAAGGAUUUUCUAAAAUUUUGAAAUUAAAAACAUUAAAAACAUACGUACCUGAUA